AUGGCAGACUCAUUUAAACACUUCCAAGAGACCCCUGAACCUGUUCAAUAUACUGAUCCCACCAUCGACCCUCACGUAUGCGCUUCCUCCAUUGAUGACUCUGUCAUGGAAGCCGACCCUACUGCUGUUGAUAAGCUAGCCAAUCCCCAACUAGCUGGCGCUCUGGUUCAACUGAUUGUCAAAUCUGCCAACGAACUUAUUGACGAAGUUUUACAUCUCCAGACAAGGGCUGCCAAUGACGAUCGCCUGGACGUUGAAGCUUUUAGUGAAUCUCACCUGAUAAUCUAUAUUAGCGACAGCUCCCAGCCGAAUGUUGAGGUUCACGAAAAAUCUCCCGUAGUGAUUGAUCUAACUGGUGACUCCCCUCCAAAGGCUGACCUGAUCCCGUUUUUUGAUCUUAAAUUUCAUCAAAAAACAUCGGUUGAGAAAAGUUCCGAACCUGAUGAUGAGAACAUGAAAGAGCCUACCAUUUUGCUUUCGGUAGACGAGUUUUUGCAAACCCUCCCCACUGAUUAUGAUCGUGAGUGUGUCUUGAAGUUCCUUUUUGAGCUGGAAGAUCUCAUGUCUGAGAGCUACAACAAGUUUUUGAGAUUAACUGUCAAGUUGAACGAAUACGUUACCAAUCUUGUUGGAAAACUUUCCGGCUUGAGUACCACCAAAACCUGCACAAGCCCUGGUCUUACUGUAGGAGCUGAGCCACCAGCGAUCAAAAAUUUAAUUUGCGAUGUAGUUUCACUCGACAAGAUUGCGGAGAUGGUAAAGUACAAAGCCAACAUGGGCAAGCUCUUGAAAUGGUACCGUGAAAUUGUCGAGAGCCAUGAGAAUCUUGACCCCACAGAUAUGCUAGAGUUUGAGCAAGUGACCGCCGAAUACAUUGACAACUUUCGUUCGUUGGUUGAUGAAGAAUGUCAGGCGGUACGGCAAUUAGUGGCCGGAGCCUUUGAAAAUGCUAACAUUCGCCCGCUCUCAUUUGUGUCAAAGUCUUACCGGUUUUUGUUGACCACCGAUGAAGGAUCGAAAGCGAUUACAUUGAAGUAUUGA